UCAUACACCUAUAUAAUCAUUUCUACUACGGCAAUGCUGCCCAGGGCCAUACGGAGAGAAACCCCAUAACCAAUCAACCAUCAACACACAACUCUAAUAUCACCUCACAAUUUGGCCCAAUCCCUAUCAGUAAAACUGUGUUAUCUUGUAAAACUGGUCCAAAAGUCGAUUUGGUAGUUUUGUCUGUAAACCCUCAUAUCCGGUCAAACGUAAAUAUCUUGUCUAUGAAAUACUCUAAAAUGCUCAAUUUGAUAAAACUUGAGGUCACAAUGCUAAGAGUGUGAUAUUCUGAGAACCACGUGGAAAAAAAAUGGAGACAGAAGAAGAAUAUGGACUAGCCAACCAGAAAAGUCCAUCCACAGUGGAAUUAAUGGCUGUUAAGAAUCACAAAAAAUCGUAUACUUCUCCGAUCGUCCGCAACAAUGACAUCGCAGAGUCACACGUGCGAACCCCUGAUGUGGAGGUGGUUGCUGGUGACAUUUCCAAGCACCGAGCGUAUUUCAUGGUGUUUGUCCUGCUGUUCAUCAAUCUGCUCAACUACAUGGAUCGUUUCACCAUAGCAGGAGUAUUGGUGGACAUCCAAAAUUAUUACCACAUAGGGAACUCUGAGGCUGGAUUGAUACAAACAGUGUUUAUUGUCAGCUACAUGAUCUUUUCACCUAUAUUUGGUUACCUAGGUGACCGGUAUAACAGGAAGUUCAUCAUGGGAGGAGGAAUCACCUUAUGGUCCCUUCUAACUCUCUCUGGGUCUUUCAUAGGGAAAGAUCAUUUUUGGGCAUUCAUUCUAAUUCGGGCAGCAGUAGGGAUAGGGGAAGCCAGUUAUUCCACAAUUGCUCCCACCAUUAUUGCAGAUCUGUUUGCUAAAGAUCUACGUACAAGAAUGCUUAUGGUAUUUUAUUUUGCCAUCCCAGUAGGAAGUGGAUUAGGUUAUGUGGUAGGAGCCAAUAUAGCGAAAGCAUUUGGUGCGUGGCAGUGGGCACUUAGGUUCACACCAGUCUUGGGAAUCAUUUGUGUUAUUUUGAUAUUUAUUGUCUUGAAAGAGCCUCAAAGAGGCCAUGCAGAGGGGGGAAGUCAUUUACGUAAUUCAUCAUAUCUGCAAGAUCUCAAAGAAUUGGCUAAGACAAAGAGUUUUGUUUUAUCAACUCUUGGUUUCACAUGUGUUGCCUUUGUGACAGGAGCCCUAGCCCUCUGGGCUCCCUCCUAUAUGUUCAAUGUCAUCAAAGCCCAGGGGCAGGAUGCAGACGAGGGAAACAUUGCUUUCAUCUUCGGCGGCAUUACUGUGGCUGCAGGGUUCAUUGGGGUUGCUUUGGGGGCUGAGGCAUCUAGGCGGUACAAGAGAAUAAACCCACGGGCAGAUCCUCUUGUGUGUGCCUUUGGUCUGUUGAUGUGUACCCCAUUCUUAUUCUUUGGUCUUUGGAUUUCAGAGAGCAACAUACCAGUGUCUUGGGCUCUUAUUUUCUUUGGAGAAACUUUCCUUUGUUUGAAUUGGUCAAUCAUUGCUGAUAUUUUAUUGUAUGUUGUGAUUCCUACCCGCCGUUCCACGGCUGAAGCAGUCCAGAUUCUAAUAUCCCAUGCCCUGGGGGACGCUGGAAGUCCCUAUCUUAUCGGAGUGAUUUCAGAUGCCUUGGCCACAAAAUAUCCUAAGGAUGAGCGAUUGUCGCCCUCCGUAGAGUCCAGCACAUUAAGGAAUGCCUUCUACAUCACCCCCUUUGUGUGUGUGAUUGGAGGCGGGUUCUUCCUGGCUACAGCCCUCUUCAUUCAGAAGGACAGAGAAAAAGCAGAGAAAAUCACCAAAGGUUUGGGAGACUAUGAUGAGGAAAUUUCAGAGGAUGAAAGUGAUAUAGAACCUAUUUUAAGGUCAGAUGAUGAAGACAACGAAGGGAUGCAGCCGUUUGCAUAAUAAAACAGAAACUAAUUAGGUGGUCCAACUCUCAACAUUAAUGGUGGAAUUGACAAUCCUAAUUUGACCUUGGGAGAGAAUGAUAGCAUUACUGUUGCCAAUCCAGAUCGCAGCAAUGUUUUGUGAAAAACGUGAAAGAAGGUUACGUUUAAUAAUAUGGCUUUUAUUAGAAGCAAACAAGUAUAACAAGGAACAUGUCCAUGUAGGAAUGUGUUGUCGAAUGACUUGUUGUUAUUUAGUGAUGAAAAUGAUGUGUGCUGAAAAUAAUGAAUAUCAACUUUUAUUUUGAAAAUUUGCAUUAUAUCCAGGAAGAAUACCCAGUAGUUAGAAUUAUAUCUGACACGAUGUAUAUACCGGUUCAUUGAUGUACAUCUUUGUUUGUCAUCAUUGUCUCAUACUGAGUUUGAAUUUGGUCUUUCGGUUUAAAUGUUAGUCUCGUGCUGAAUAGCAUUUUACCUUAAUUUUUGUUCAUAUUUUAACCAAUUUUAAUUGUUGUGCCAUGCGUUUUUGAAAAGAAAAACAAUUAUGUUUUAAUAUUGGAGUAGAAAAAACAUUGUUCCCAAUUAGGAUGAAUAUACACCAUCAUUUAUGUACUUUUAUGUGUGUAUUACAUAUGUCAAUGGUUACUAAUCUGAGGAAAACAACAGAAUAUUAUGUAUGUCUGUUUGAGGUGUAAUUUAUCUAUUGUUUAAGCUGUUAUUAUCUGAAUUUUCUUCUGUUGUUAUGUUGAAAUGAUGGUAUAAUUGUACUGGUACUUGCAGAUAGAACAUACCAGUACAUCUUUUGUUAAGUAUUACAUCAAUACAUGUAAACCAUAAUCUAUUGCAUUACUUUGCUCUGUGGUCAGUUCAUAACAUAGAAGCAGCAAAAGAACAAAGCCUAACUCUGCAUUGGACUCAGAGAGGGUGUAUUGAGGGCCUCAAACCAGGUUCAACUACUCAUUAUUAUGAAGUUCAAGGGCACUUGAAAUUUCAGUAAUGUGAAAGCAGGAAUUUGUUGCGCAAAAUGCAUUCAAAAGUAUAUGUACUAUAUUAAAUUUAUCUUGCACAACUUGCAAUGUUUCCACAGGAAACCAGUUUACUAGCUAGACUUUGAAUUUUAAAGUUGAUGCAGUAAAGAAAAAUUCCAUUCUUAGUAGCUGGGGAUGAAACUUGUUUUAUUCAUUGUGUCACACUCUAUUGAUCUUGAUCAAAUAUCAAAGACUGCACUGAGCCGUAAAGUAGUUGGUACUUGUACUUCAGAGGUCUGCAGUUGGUACAUGUACUUCAGAGGCCUGCAGCUGGUACAUGUAGUUCAGAGGUCUGCAGCUGGUACAUGUAGUUCAGAGGUCUUGGUUAUGUUGGGAUCAGAUGUGAUUGUAUGGCUUAAGUACUGAACAGGUCUGGUGGUUAAAAAAAAUCAUAAGGUUUUUGCGAGUCUAUUUUCUUUCAUUCUUUGAUUUAAUUUGUAUUAAUUAAGUUAACUUGAUGUAUUGAAUUUACAUGUACUUUUUAUCUCAAUCGAAUUAAGAUUUGAGCGUUCACGCUCCCGUAGUUGAUACAUAUCAAAUAUGGGAACGUGAAGGAUCCAAUUUUAAUUAAAUUUGUUCUUAUUUCACAUAGUUAAUAAAUAUAUAAAGCUUUGUUUGAAAUCACCAGCACUAGAAGUGAUAAAAUAAACUUGAAUCUUAUUUCAAUGCAUUUAAUAUAUAUGCAGUAAAAUACCCAUAAAUAUAUUCUAUUAAGUCAAUUUUCAUUUGGUUUUAUAGAUAUUUUAAACUAUUUACUAUAACUGAAUUCUUUUGUUGCUUAUUAGUGAAAAUAUAUAACAAACAUGUAUGUAAAUUGAAGUAACUGAUAUUCUUUCAUGUUUUGUGUAACUUAUUUUACCUUAAGAGAUGAUGGAAAUCAGGCAGCUGAUCUCUGGAAUAAAAGAUUUGCGGUACA